AUGGCUUGUGUCUCGCUGCAGCCACCCUCCAGUGCCACCCAGACCCAGGCAAGUGCUCACCUGCUUCCUGUCUCCACGGAUUCACCUUUUCUGGCCAUCUCCUGCCAGUGGAGUCACACAUACGUGCUCCUGUUCGGCGGCAAUAUCGAUGCCUCUCCCUCCUGGUUCCUGGCAGGAAACAGGAUGUAUUUGCGGUGGGAGAGAAGCAAGUGGUCACUCUGGGGGCCCUCACAAGCCAAGGAACUACACGUGCUUCCAGAAACCGCAGGCAGCCCCCAGCAACCCCCAGCAGCACCCCCCCAAACCCAAAUCUCUUGGUUUUACAGCUGUAAGGAAUUGGAUUCUACCAAUAACCGUGCAAGUAGAAAACUGGAUCCUUCCCCAGUCAAACCACCGGAUGAGAACCCUGUUCUAGUUGGCACCUUGCCGGCAGCCUUGGGAGAGCCCAGCAGUGCAUCCAGUGGGUCAGCCGUCUCUCUCCAGUGCUUGCAGGAGGCGUUUUUCCACAUGGGACAAACCUCAGUGUUGCCUUGUGUCAACUCCAGGAAGGAAAUUGGCAAAUGCAUGAGUUUGCCUGUAGCGUCCACUUCAGUUCCCGGGGCCACGGGUGACAGGUGCACAGCCAGUCCUCGGGAAGUGGAGUCCAGAAUGACAACCACAGAGGGAAGGAACUUUGCAGACGAUUCCCCAGGCCACGGGAGAGAGGCCCCUUGGAGAAAGACCUUGGUUCAAACAGUGUUCUCCAGGUCUGGAGCAGCGCCGUCCGACAGGGCCUGUCGCAGGGAUAGGGCUGUGCUACGUCUGUGCCGUCCAGGGCCAGUGUCUUUCUGGAAGAGCUGGGUCAAGAGGCCCACCGGACUGUUCUUCUUUUGUGAUGGGCUGGGAAGCACGGGGACCCCCUUGGAACAAGAGCGGCCAUGGCUUCUGUCUCUGGGGUUAGCAGUGGGCAGCAAGGCCCCCCUCUCCUCUGGCCCUGGGUGCCUUCAGCAGGUGCGCAGUUGCAGACCUCCAGCGGCCUUUGCUACACAUGGAAAGGCCAGGAGAGAUGCCGCGGUGGCAUCUCGGCACCGGAAACUCAAGGUGUUUGCCUACGUUUUCGGCAUAGGGGGCCGUCUGGAGUGA